AUGGCGUUUUUUCCUUUCUCAAUGAUACAAGGUAAGGCGUUUUUCUUCCCUUCAAAUUUAUACGUUUCUCUCAUGAACCCUACAAAUGGUUACGUUGCAAUAAUUACUCUAGAUGUAUUAGUAAGCGUUCACAUAGUGGGUUUGCGAUGUCUGUAAAUGAUCUGAUCCCAGACUGAGUGAGUGAUUCACAAAUUACCAAUAAGGACAGAACAUUCCCUCAGUAACCAAGCUGGAGCUUGGACUAGUAACUUUAGAUUUACUUUUACCCUAAGUUAAAUAUGAGGGUUUUUCUCGCGUGCAGCCGAUUGAGUGCAGCGCUAAGAGUUCUUUUUGAAUUAAAUCUUCUCUGUGCCAGUGGGAUUUGAGAGAAGUUUCUCAAAAGAUACUGCUUGGUAGCUUUCUCAAACCGGUUGCUAAGAUUGUUCAGCACACGGCAAUACCACUGACAAAAAUGGUAACUGCUUCAGCAUUGCCACCUUUGUAAUAAAGCUGGUUAAUAGCUAAUUUAUUUGGUUCACCAGAGAUGACUUUAUUGAUUGUUUGCCAAGUCUUGUGAGAGUCAUCUGCAUAAUUUAAUCUCAAUAUGAGACCUGGUAACUAAAGCUUGAUUUGCUCUAAAAGGAGUGCAUUUUUCGAAAAAUCAGAAGCGUUUUCGGGCCCAGAAAGUAUGUUUCUUCAUUAUUCAUAUUUGAACAAUCCUUGGGGAUUUUUUGUCUUAAGUAGGCCAAUAUACUUCCCGACCCAAUAGCCUGCGAGCAAACUCUCCAUUUGGGAGAUAUCGUUAACAGUACAAGCGCGAGUAUCACUCGAGGGGAGACGCGUGGCUCGGUUCGCUCGCCCAAAUGGAAAACUUGCUCACAAGCUAACUUCCCGAUCUUGGAAGGUUUUCAAAUUUUUCCAUUUGAAAUUUCUUAAAAACCACAUUUCCGCUAAUGAAUUCAGGGAACUUAGAAUAGUUUUUCAAAUGUUUUUGGGGCGUUUUGAGAAACUCACGCCUGGUCUGGUUAUAAAAGGUAAUAACAAUUCCUGUUCUAGAAAUUCGUUUUCUAUCUAUUUGUAGGUUGAUUGAGAUAAGGGCUUUAAAAGAUACUGACGUCGGUUACGAAUAGGCAAGCAGGAUAGAUAGAGGAAGUUGACAUUGCACUCGCCAAACUCUUUGGAGUCCCGUGGGAGUGGAGUUUUGGAGGGAAAGUUAUAAUAUUGACGUAAGAUAAGUGUGAGUGAGGAAGUUCAGUCUACGCAACUUCUACUUUCAGCAGUUUGAAAUGUCAUUCUAAUCUCGUUCCCAGGGUUCUCUCCUACCCGUCCCUACGGAGUGAGUGUGAGAGAGAGAACCUGGGAACGAGGUUGAUGUCAUCCUUCUCUUCACCCCCACCCCCACUAGGUGGGGCCAGGAAAGGCCUCCCGUGGUGGGUUUGUGGCGAGGAGACCGAUGACAUUUCAGACUACAGUCGACUCUCUCUCAAAGGACACCUCUACAAGACGGACAACUCGUUAAAACGGACACCUACAGUUGUUACCCUCGGCCUUUCUUUAAUCCUUUUAGUUGACUGUCCGUAAGACGGACACAUAGUGCCGGUCUCAGACGUGUUCAUCUUAGAGAGAGUUGACUGUACGCUUUUAGUUAUUUCGAUAUCUUUUUACUGGGGGAGGGGAUGGUGGUCCGAAAACGUAUCCAUCAGUUCCUAGUGAUUUUCAGAGGCUGGCUUAAAUCAACUACGGAGAGUACUACGAACUACUCAACGACUUUUCUGGAUGGGUGGACUGACAAGAAUCUGAGCCAAUUGCGACGACUAGCCCUCCACUCCCUCAAGUUGCACUUGGUGGAAUGAACAGUCUUAAAUUCUAAGCACCUGUAAGCACCAGGCGCGGAUCUAGGAUAAAAACUGACCAAUUUCCUAAACGAGCGCCAAAGGCGAAAGAUUCUAGGGGGGCACAGGGCAUUCUUUCCCCGGAAAUGUUUUCUUUCCCCGGAAAUGUUUUCUGAGUCCUUUAGACAGGAUAUUGGCCAGAUUUUAGCUUGGAAAGUUUUUUAUCAUUACAAAUAUAUUUGACCAAUUUUCGGAAAACGGUGGAAACCGGUGUGGAUCCACCCCUGAGCACCAAAGCUUUAGUUACGAAGGAAUGCAAUCAAGGACGUUGAUGUUCAUUAACACAAUCUGAUUUGCUUCUUUCAAAACGUUUCUUAACUUUGAUUGGCAAGAAAAAAGAAACCUACAGGAUAAAUUACCAUUCCGAUCUAUUCUUUAGGAACAUCAAAAUUGUCUAAUAUCAUUGUAAAACAGGUCUUUCUAUCUGCUCGUGGUGUGCAUUUGUGCUGAUUAGAAUUUUCACAUGAAAGCAUCAGUUCACCAAACUGAGAAAUCGAAAAACAAACAGUGUGUCACUAAAACAGUAAACAAACCACUUUUACGGUCAUGCAGAUGCCUAUUAAGUAAUCAAGUGAACAUGUACUUUAUCAUGCUCCAGUUCCAAUAUAUGAAUUUCAUCACAACUUUUCUGGCUUGUUUUCAGUUUGGAAGUGAAAUCAAUCCCAAGAGGAAGUUUUAACAACUUAGCAUCUUAACUCCGUCUGCAAUUUGGCCUUCCCAGGUAAUGGAUUUUUAAUGGACUUAUGUUGUGCUAUAUUUUUACGGUUUUAAAUCAAAGGUUUAAUAUUUUGGCAUUUUGUAGUGCUUUUAAGGUUUCCUAGUUGAGUAAUUGUAUUAGUCUCUUCUGCUUUAUGGUCAUGAAUGCACCGCCAGCGAGACAACGCGGGCAGAGGACCUUGGAAGCGCCAUUACAUAAUUAUGAUGAAGAAUAUAAUGUAAUGGAACCCACCCUAGGAAACAAGUUUGAUAACUUUUAAAGUUUGUUUAAGUCCUUCACUCUUAUUAUAACGUAAUAUAUGAUCGAAAAAGUGACCAAGUUCCAACAUUUGCCAACUGAAGUGUGAAUGCAAUAAAUCUACGGAGCAACAUUUUCACUGACCUUCCUUAUUAUAGUUUUUGCUGUAUUUGUCAAAAGCCUAUAGUACCCAGCUGGAACUGUAUUCUCACUAUCAGCGCGCCCGGAUAGCUCAGUCGGUAGAGCAUGAGACUCUUAAUCUCAGGGUCGUGGGUUCGAGCCCCACGUCGGGCGACCUUUAUUUUACUUUUAGCAAUCGUGACUACUUUAAUUAUUGAUAUAUCUCAUAUUACUGACAUCUCCCUCCUGCACGACCGUUUUGUGAAUUCCUGGUUGGUAUUGACCGGUCGUAAUAUAAUAAGUACAGGCUAUUCACGUUGUUCCAGCAGUACUUACAGUCGUUGAUACCGAAAAUUGUUUGGUAAAAUUAGGCAAGGAGGGUGUUUCAAUGCAAAGCUUAGCUUUACAAAGUGCUCAUUUUGAUGUGUUUUGCCCAAGUCAGGUUUCUUCCGAGGGAUCAGUUCAGUUUUCUGCCUGGACAAUGAGUCUUACACGAGUUCAGGACGUUUCAGUACACGACAUCCAUAAAAGGAAAAAGCCUCGAAAACACUAUGUAAGUCAGUAUUUCUGUGUUGUCCUUUGUCUUGUGGUAAAUCGCCACCCUUUUCUCGCCCCAGGGCAUGUAAGGGAAUCCAAGACAGUAUCGGAUUCUCGAUUGCACGCUGUGGAUUCCAGGUACUGUAUUCUGUAGUCUUUAGCGGUGGAAAUUGGAUUCCGGAUUCCAAAGACUAGGAUUCCGGAAUCCACAAGAAAAUUUUCCCAGGUUCCCUUGCAUGGGGCGAUUUUAAACUUCAUGACUGACUCCCAAGGGGAUUGAUCGUUCGCAAUCAGUUGGGACCUAACGUUCCAACAACGGCUACGCCAUCAAAGGCAUCCUGAAAAAAAUUAUAAUCAUUUGAAACUUUUUUGCGAUUGUUCCAACCCGACUGAUCAUGUUUGAAUAAAGAAGUUGUAAGACAGAAUAAGCCAGGCGGAGAUGAACAUUGUCUCGUCUAGAGGUGCAAAUAUGAAGAUGUUACUAUCAAUUAAGCGUAUCUUUCAGGGCUGUGAGUAAAGAAACUAAAUAUUAUCCAUCAUCUACACGGAUCAAUUGAGGUUUCCGAAUAACUGACCACCUACCCCUUCCCUAAGUCACAGUUUUUCCCAAAGUGAGAAGUAAGUGUUAAUGUUGACUUAGGGAAGGGGUAGGUGGUGAGAUACCCAGAUUAAACCUCAAUUCAUAUGAGCUAACUUAGGACAUUAUGUCAUGAAUGAUUAGGUAUACGUCAUUCAUGUUCAGUGGCAAGAUGGGCCAAUCAUUCCAGUUUACAGAAGUUACGACACCUUGCUUGAACUGCAGGUAACAAUAUUGUUCUAUUUCUACUCGUUUUUGUAUCUCUGUCUGGCACACUGUUUUCAUUUAUUUUGUGACCGCGCGCGGAGGGUGGAACCGAUACAAUAUCCGGGUUACGUUACUACAGUUAUUAGCUGUCUUGUCAGUUAUCAUUUGUCUUGUAAUUCUACAUCGCAUUCACUAAUAACCUCGUUUGUAUGCUUAUUUGAUGCAAAUCAAUAUUUGAAACUCGGUAAUAAAAGUGCUGCCAUUCUCAAUGAGUGUUACUAAAUUACUCUCACUGAGGCCCUGCCAACAUGUAUCCUUUUUUGUUCAAAAAAGGAGUUUUUUCGUCCGUUUCGUCCUACCGUCUACAAGCAUCCGGUGACCGAUAAUGCAUCUUUUCAAAACGCUCUCCAGCGUGGCGAUUUUUGGAAACGCCGUCAGCUUCUCGAUCACACGUGGACAGACGAAAACGGACUGUUUUCGAUUACGGUGAUAUCAGAAGCCGAUUAAUCGGUUCGUGGAUAAUGUCAUACAUCAUAUACUACGUAUGCUCUGUGAGGAAUGCUAUCGAAAUUCCACCGUUUAACUGUUUUCGUGUGCACGGACGAAAGCGAUUCAAAUAUGCUCCUUGUGGACGCCUUCUUUUUUCUUCAAAAUCGGAGGAAUAUUUGGAUACGUUUGGACGGGACCUGAAAGUCUUUCCAAGCACAUGUUACUCUUAAAAAUGCGCAGAUAAAAUAGCCUCGUCCUCAGGAGAGUUUUGGCACGAACUGCACGAGCUGCACGUGCAACUAUUCAACAAUUUGCAUAAUAAAGACAGGUGCUUGCCACUGUCAGUUGACUUCCUGGUUCAGUUUGAGUCCAGAAGCCUGCCAAGUUUUCUUUGUCUCAACUCACAAUAAGGAUAAAAGUUCGUUAUUGAGCAAGCUGUAUACAAGAGAAAACUGCCUUUACAAACUCAGAACUUUCCCCAAAGUAGAGAUUGAGAAUUUAAAAUUCGGAAAGGCCAAUAGAUAAACUAUUCAAAGAUGUUUAAAAUUUCAUGAAUUUCGCCCGGCUAGCUCAGUCGGUAGAGCAUGAGACUCUUAAUCUCAGGGUCGUGGGUUCGAGCCCCACGUUGGGCGUUUAAUUUUUUUGGGGAGGGGUGUGGAGGCACUCUCUAAAAAGGGAGUAUUUGACACCCGUGAUAUUUAACUGUCUCUUUCAAUUUUAUCAGGAACAGUUAUUGCAAAACGGGAAGGAAGAAGACAUUUCUACCAUAACUCUUAAAGGUAACCUGCCAUCAAUAGACCUUGUUACCGAUAUGGCGGCCAUAUUGAAUUAACUCGAUUUAAGGAGUAUUACAGGAUGCCCAGGGGGCAUGAGCACAUUUCGUUUGUAUUUUCGAGCGCUUUUCGGGACAUUUUUUCUUAAAGUUUUUUUAGAAUAAGAUUGUAAUGGGAAAAAAGAUCCUUGUGCCGUGUUUUGAUGUAAUAAUGAUCGUCUUUUUCUGGUUUAGUAUUAGAAAUAUGGACUUUCACUAUAUUUUUCUUAGGAAAAAGGCGAUCAUUAUUACAUCAAAACACGGCACAAGGAUCUUUUUGCCCAUUACAAUUUUAUUCUAAGAAAACUUUAAGAAAAAAUGUCCCGAAAAGCGCUCGAAAAUACAAACGAAAUGUGCUCAUGCCCCCUGGGCAUCCUAUAAUACUCCUUAAAUCAAAUUAAUUCAAUAUGGCCGCCGUAUCGGUAAAAAGGUCUAUUGUUACGUGCCGUUUUCGCCACGUUUACCGUAGACGAGAUUUUUCCGGAUUCAAAAAUAAUUCCAGAUCUAUUGCAUUUAGGGUUGCCGGAUUUACGGGCGUUUACACGUGAUACAAAGGAUUCACCUGAUAUUCCGAAAAUCUAAAUCCUGCUCCGGAUAAGCCUCAAGGAUCUUGUCCCUAGCCCAUCUUUAUCGUUCCGAUUAUCAGCUCGAGUAUCCAAUCAGAACACAGAAUUGCUCGUGGAGCCAGCCAUAUGAUGAAAACAAUUUACUGCUCUGAUGGUUUAUCGUAGCUCGAAAUUUUUUCCAGUGUAAAUUGAAUACCUAAUAUUAAAAAAAAGAUGUGGAGAAAAAUGCUGAAGUGGAAGACUGUUGUCGGAGGCAAAGAAUAUGCCUUCGCAUUCCUCACUUGAGGAAAAAGUAUCAGUCACUCUCUAAGCUAUUUCUUAAAACCAAUCUUUUGUUGUUAAAGCUAGGGCGUGGCACCUAUAUGUACUAAACUGUUUUUGUCUUUACGUUACAUGUGCGUGGAGGGAACGUGAUUAUUGGUUGGUUUUAGUCAUUGUUUUAAGGGUAUAUUUAUUUAGAAAUCACUAAAGACGUAUUUGGGCUUUUUUUUCGUAGGAAAGAGGUUAUCCGAUUGGUUUACUAUCAAAAAAAGAGCAAAAGCAAUCAGGAGAUUGCCAGUAGUGGAGGAGUUCCUUAAAGUGAGUGACGUUAAGAACAAAAACGAUUUAAUUUGUAAAUAUCUUGAAAGGUAGAGGCUUUUUACGCUUACCUGGGUACUAGAGGUUUUUUAUCUGGUAUGGAGGGAUACUCAGGUGUCCGAAGGCCGAAGUCGCGAGAAAAAACCUAUAAAUACUUGACAGACACCAGAAACCGCGCUAGAAGAGUCUCUGGUACCCUGGGUAUUUUUCGCUAAAAAGCAUGUGGAAAUAGAACACUCAAACAAAAAGACAAAAAAGGGCCUCCUGCAAGGCAGAAGGGUCACAGUUUCUUUUUUAUUGUUGAGAUUUUGAAAACAAACCUCUCAGUAACUUCGUUCUCUGAGCUUAUGCCUUUUUCCUUCCCAUUUUAUACUGGAAAAGCCUUGGUGACGAGGCCACUAGAUUUUGUCUAUUCGAAUUCUUUGCACUUACGGUUACUGAGAUAUCAGUAACUAAAGGGGUUUUGUAUUCUCGAGCUAUACAGACUUAACCUCAUUCGGCUCUUUUAUUUUUUCUAAUCUCGUCUUAGGGCGUGGUUCAUCUUCCGUUGCACAUCUCUGAGUCGGAUGCAGUGAUAACCUUCUUUCUUCCGUUGCCUGAAGAUCUCAUUGAGAUAGACCACGAAGAGAAAGAGUAAGUGACAUAUUAAUAUUAACACAUCUGAGUUGUGCCUUGGUUCAAGAUAGCGGUUGUCUUGGAAACCAACCUCGUCCCCAAGGUCCCCACCUGUUUUUCUACGGAAAAGCCUUGGGGACGAGGUGUAAAAAAAUGAAUGUAGUCACUCUCCCCUCCCUGAAAGGACACCUGUCGAAAACAGACACCCAGAGGACACGAACGUCCUCUCCGUCUUUCAUUAAUUUUAAGUCUUUCCCUCUCUGUGUGGUGGACAUCUCGUUAACAUGGACAGUCAGUGUAGGAGUCAUGGGUGUCCAAACACCAUUGAUGUCUUGACCACAGUGAAAAGAAAACUUUUUUGGUCGAAUAUUCCUGUCUAAGCAGUAUGUAUAUGCAAGAUAUGAUUCGCACACGAGGAUCAUAAAUGACCUCCUCGUUCAAAUUAUAUUUACAUAUUUUUGAUAUAUCAAAAACUGUCUUUCUUAUUUUUGUUUAUGAUCGAGACGUAACAUAAACAUCUUUUGUUGUAUAUAACCAAGAAUUCCCAAAUUCGUUUUCAGGAUGCAGAGUAUCGAUGACCUAAAACGUGGAUCACAGAAGCCCAAACGUAAGAUUUUGUCUCCUCUUUCCUGACCUAUAAGCGUGAUAUUACUAGUAAUAAUCAUUGAUUAUGGAUCUGUGUUCGUCUUAUUCUACGAGCAUGAUAUCUGUACGAAAACGAGACUAAAGGAAACGAAAACGAGUUCAAGGGAGUCCAGUUUCCAGCGACCGAGACGCCCCUCAUAGAAUUAAUAGGGGCGGCUAAUCGGCAGUCGCCUGUGAUAGCUCGAAAAUUAGGAUGCUUUCUGACGAACGCGAAAACUACCCUGAGGAUAAGGGAGUCUCCGUGAAUUCUCAGUUUUGACCCUAGAUCCUCUGUAAUUGCCUGAAAAAUCUCGUCUCUCUUGAUCAGCCAAUCAGAUUUAGAAGAGGAAACUAAAGACCAAUACGCACCUGCACGUUUUUCUGCACCUUUAGCUUAGAUACUCUGGUCGCUUAAGAUCUUAAUAGUAUGGGACUAAACUGUAACUAAUACAUUUCUCGACAAUUCAUCAAAUGUUUAAUGGUUUAAUGGUUACAGGACUAAGUGGAAUUCAAUUCGCUCUAUAAUCAUACCAGUGAUUUGUUUAAUCACGAGUAUCAUUACAGGCCGAACUGGACAACACGAAGUUCUGCUACCAGUUCAUCAUAAUUAUAACAACACAACAAAUUCCGAGUUUUUUGCUAGCGGUGAAAAAAAGGCCAUUUAAGUGCGCGCGUGCGCGUAUUGUCCUAUUACUUAGGCAUGACGCGUACUCUCCUAUUACACUGUCCUUUUAGCGCUGAAAUAAUCACGAAGGUUGAUAGCCAAUCAGAUUUGAGAAUUUUGCUAUACUUAUGAUUAACGAUGAAAUACUUCUCAUACAGGAGAGUGCCUCUAGUCUCACAGUCUCAUUAGAUACGUUUAGGAAUAAGACUGACGUCUUCCAAGGUGUAUUUUUUAGUAUCGAUCGGUUGAAGAAUACCUUUAAGCAAGUUUAUCUUACACGGUCGACAAUGAUGUUGAUUGUUGUUUUGCUCUACAGAUAGAUACAUACAUCAUAUUUCGGAGCCAAUGUUGGUUGAACAGUAUGUGGUUAUCUGUGAUUACGUCAAACAAGAUGAAAGUGAUAUUACUCUAAAAUCAGGGAACGUGGUGGACGUCAUCGAAAAAUAUGAACACGGUAAGCAAUCAAGAGGCAUACACUGAAUAAGUGUUACGAGGAAACGAAUUAAUUUUUCACCACGGUAAUCAGUUUAUACGUACGUGUUAUUGACCAGACAUGAGUUUAAAAUAGUAAGCGGGAAAUCGGCCAAUUUUUUUCCUUUCUUUGGCUCGCAAUGACGGGAUGAUUCCUGGCUUACGUAAAUUGAGCAAGUAAUCAAUGAAUGAAUGAAUGAAUGAAUGAAUUAAGCAUUGCAAGUACGAAGUACUGUGAGUGAGUAAGUACAUUGUAAGUCUUGACCGAGAGGAAGUCGAACGAGACCAGCACAGCAGUAUCUAGCAAGUAUCUUGUCCGAACAAGCUAUAUUAAUGAAGAAUGAAGAAAAUCUGUUCAUAUGGUAAGAGCGGGCAAUCCUGAAAAACUGGAAAUAAAAUUACAAAGCCAGUUCUCAAGUAUACACCUUUCUGCUAUAAGCUUUAUUACAACCUUUUUUUGUAGUAGGCUAUAUAUGUUAACUUUUUUUUCUCAAGGUUGGUGGUUUGUGGAUCUUGAUGGCGAGGUAGGCUGGGCACCAGCGUCGUAUCUGGAGCCCAGGGACGGCAGCGAGGAUGAUCAAGUCCUGGAAGUGUUUAAGGAAGGAGAAGGUAAGUAAAAUACAGAAUUCUUUUUUUUUUUUCUUAAAAACAUUUUAUUACACCAAACAUCUGAAUUCAGCCACAUAGUUUGAAUGAAAACUGUUUGUAGACAGAAAUUAGCGAUGGCAGCGUCAGCGUAUGAGUAUACAGGUAUACAGCUAUUUCGAGAAAGGCUGUCAGAAAAAGUGCACGCGAAAAUCCCGAAAGGUACUGUGGGUGGUUUUGAAUUCACUGUUCUUCAAAGAAGUUUGAAAGAAUGACGCGAGAGGCCACGGACGUACGUUUGCGGGUGCUAAAAGAAAGCAACAAGAGUAACCUAGAGGUAAUCAUUAAUUACGGAUCCGCGUUCGUCACUUACGGAAACAAAAUCGAGUCGACUACGAGUCCAGUUUCUCGGCCGAGAUGCCCCUGAUAAAAUCUGAAUAGGGGCGGCCAUUCGGCAGUCGCCCAUAAUAGCUCAAAACUUUCUGCCUUUGUGCCACAGGAACACCAGAUUAGGACGCGUUCUGACGAACGCGACAACAUGAGAGGUUAUAAAAAAUGAUGAUUAAGUGAAAUGUGCCCAGCAACUUAGGUUUUUUAGUCGAUCACGUCAAGAAACUUCGUUGUAGACUCAGUUACAACUGUAAGUAGGAAACGAUAGAAAACUAUGAGUAGCUGGUAGAGGGUGAGGUAGUCGAUCCAAGCUCCUGAAAGCGUAGAAAUCUGGUCAAUCGAAAUCAACUAUAUAUAUGUCGACUUUCCAAGCCUUAGGGAUAAAGCCCUGGAAACGAGGUUGUUGUUGACCUUGGAAGUUUUUCAAUGAAAUCCCGUUUUCAUUCGACAAACAAUCGACUAGAAAUGGACUAGAAGCCAACUGGCACAGUGAAAGAAUUCAGAGACGCAAAUGUUGCUUCUUAUUUUCUAUUUAUGGGCGCUAUUGCCUGUCUUUGAGCCUUUUCUAAAAUGCUCUUUGAUAUCUCACAGAGGAAACCUAUAUCACCAUGGCAGGAUACGAGCCUCAGUUAGAAGAUGAGGUUAAUUUUGAUAUGGGAAAGAUUGUUAAAGUUAUUCAGAAAAAUCUUGACGGAUGGUGGCUUAUCAAGUAAGUGCUUUACUCGCUCCUGGGCUCAUUUGAGUUGUUAUUCAGUUGUUAGGAUGGACAUGCAGAGGAAAUUGAGGCACGCAGAUAUAUAGGCGCACAGACAUACCACUUUUUGAUAGCGCGUAUUUGCUUUUUGAUUCCUCACUAAGGAAAAUGCAAGACGUUUCUUUGGUUUAAAUUUGGAGAUCUCCCCGAGGCAAGCGUGCUACAGUAUUCUCUUGCGAUACAGUCAGUAUAUAGAGAAUAAUUCAAAGAGAAACUUAAAAUGUGUUUUCCACCAGGGUGGAGGCCUUAACGAAAGCUUGGUUAGGGUGUGAUUACUUAGCCCAUUAAAUCCUUAUACAGCAAAUAUCUUCAUUAUUUUACCCUCCUAAAAAAAAUCGCCCGGGCUUAUGUGAGCAAGUUGUCGUAGCUAUUCACAAUUUAAACAUAGUUGGUUAAAGUGGAAUGGUUGGGGAAACCUAUUGUUAUAGGUUUUUGUUAGCUUUUUUGGACCUGACCGUGCACAACGUUCAAUCAACGUUCAAGCAAUUCUAUCAUUUUGAAGUUGUUGACCAAUAGAAACAUUGCAUUAAUUUAUUCAGUCAUAAUUUGCGAACAGAAAACAAAGGAUUGUGCAAGGUCAGAGAGAUUACAACCAGGGGCGUAACUAGGGGAGGGGGGGGUCCUGGGGUGCCCGUGACCCCCCUUGGUAGGCCUUCUUUUGAGCAAACAACCUACAAUAUUCAGGUAGCGAAAACGUCAUGACAAUAUCUUGGCCGUAAAAGACAUUGUUGAAAAGCCCACUUUUUUAAAAUUUGUUUUUUUUUUAAGUAUUUUCGUCAACGGCUCUUAUCUUUAGUUAAUAUGGGCGUGGUGAGUAGCCUCUGUGACCCCCCCUUUGAAAAAUCCUGGCUACGCCCCUGACAACAUAACCUACAGCACCAUUGUUUUCAACUUUGAUGUUUGACGGGUUUCCUAACCAGUCUUCUCUACUAACUAUGAUCUAAAGAAGUAGUGAAAGUGACACCAGUCUUUCUCUGCAGGUUCGACGAUCAAGAGGGUUGGGCGCCAUCAAUGUUCAUGAGAGAAAUCGCCACUUCGCGUUACAAAGAGCGAGAAAAGGGGAAGCAUAACGCCAGGGCCCUGCUUAGAGAUCAUACCCGGAAAUACAUCACAUCUGGUAAGAAAAAUGAAGGUCACAUAAUGGAUAUGAAGUAAUUGGGUCAUCUAAGAGGAAUAUUCUCCUCUAAAAGUCAAUUGCAAGUGGUUUUCUUGAAAUUUGUUUCAGAAAUUAAACUCCCAUAUGAAAAAUUCUAUCCUCCCUCUCCCUUUCAGGCAGAAGAAAAACUUGGAAACCACCCCAAAGAAAAAGGAGUGUUGUAAGUAUACACAUACUCCACUCAGUGAUAUUGGUAUUUUAAAUAAUCUUAUUGGCUCACAAUAUCAGAUUACUACUUGAAUUAUUUAAAUUGUACAGAAGGGCAUGGAGGUAUAACAUGCUAUUGAUACUUUUUGAGAGAAAGGUAUCCCAUUCCGUCUCAGAAUGAAAUAAAAUAAGUGAAUAAGGGUAGGUUUCUUUUAAACGGAGAAAGCAAUCAAUCUCCCUCAGUUUAGACAAUACCUUGCCUCUCUUACGAUUUUUUAAUGGUCAAGGCACAUAAAAAGCCUAAGACUUAACGGCUCCUUUUCGUUUGGUUAACACUGUAGGUCCUAAUGUUAAAUUUUAAAAAGAUGUUUACAUUGUCCUCUAUACAUUUCACACUGUGCUAUUGUAAUGUACUGGGUUUCACGUAUUUAGAAGGCGAAUUCGAACAGUAAAACGUAACAAGCAUGUCUACACAUGGUAAAACAAUGAACGAACUACGCACGCGCAAAGUACGGGAUAUAAUCACUACUGAGAAUAAUUUGUUAGAUCUAAGACCAGGAGACAGCAUUUUGAACCCAUGAGUCAUUUCAUAGGUACAUUGAGCAUGAUCGUUCGGGUGAUCCUAGUCCUGAAUAGGACUGUUGUUGACAAUGACUGACGUUUCGACAGCCUAUGCAGUAGUUAUCUUCAGAGUUAAAGUGAGUUGCAUCACAUCAGUUGAUGAUAUUGAAUUCUGGUUAUUGACCUGAUUGGUCAAUAAAGGUUCGCGAUGUUGGGUGAUCAUUGUUGAUAUUAUUGACAUUAUAAAACUACUUGAUGAGUUGUUAGAGGGUUAAGCAUAAGAGGGUUACGUUUGUCUUCUUUUUAACAUACUUUUCACAUUUCUCUCCUCAGAAGAGAACUAACCCAGGGCAUGGAACCAACCAAACGGAAUCUACUCGCUCCGCUGCUACACCAACUUACGUAAAUUUAAAGUUCCACGAGGCCACUAAAAGUGAAGUACCGGGUAAAGGACGAACCAGAGGGAAACUAGACCCCAAUGAAGUACGGGCUAGCGCCAGACUUCAGCCAAUAGAUGACAUGAAAAAUAAUACGGAAGAUACCUAUGAAAACAGUAUUGAAUUAUCAAAACCAAGGCCCUUGUCGUUAGUAACAGAAGAGGCUCCCGAAACUGUGUCUCGAAGGACAAGUCCUAUUCCGAGCCCAUUGUUGGUGCAUCAGGACUCAAAUACUAGCAGUACUUCUGCUAGUGACGAUGUCUUUUACCCGAUACCCUCGAGUGAAUUUCCGUCCACAGGGACUAGUGAUAACGCCCCAUUCAUGGACGAUAACAAAGAACCUGAGCCAGAGUCUAAUCCCGCACACGAAAUCAGUGAUUCAGAGAAUGAAGCUGUUAAAGACAACCAAGACAUAAGUGAUGAAGACGAAGGCGACGAGUACACAGAAAACAUGCCGGAACUGGUCAAUAACAGAAGGUUUUACGCUAUGGGGUCAUACAAAAAACAGGACGAAGAGGAAGUGAAUUUGCGAGAGAACGCUGAGGUGGAAGUACUAGAGGAAGAUUCAGGAGGCUGGUGGCUAGUGAGGACAUCAAGUCAUUCUGUAGGCUGGGCACCUUCAAAUUUCUUGGAAAAGGUUCAGAGUUUGAGCAGAGUUGAGGAUAAUUCUGAUGAGGAUGAAUUGCCGGUUGAAAAUAACUAUCAUGAUAAUUUACCGACCCGCCCGCCAAAAUCGCCCAGAGUUCAAAAGAUGGCGCGUGACAUGUGCAUCGAGAAGAACUUUUGGAAUUAUAUUCGCAAAGGUAAAGACAUGGAAACUUGUCCAAUUAACCGACAGGAGAUAAUGUCUGAAAGCUCUAGUGAGGUAGAUACCGGGAAUUAUCAACCUGCCGUGGAGGCGGAAGGCAAUGAAAGCGAGGUAAUGAUCUUUACAUUUGACGAUUAUGAAUGCGAUCCCGAUUCUGGGAUUUGCUUCAGAAAAGGUCGAAAAAGGGAUGGAAUGAAAUAUUUUUCCUCGAAUAAAAUCGUGGCCCAUGAUAGCAAUAUGAAUAUUUUGGAAGAAAACAACAAUGUAAUGGAAAGAUCGGAAAGUGUACCAAGUUUGGCGGAACCCGAAGAUUUUGACGAUCACGACUACGAGUUUAUAGAAUUAUAG